UGUGAGCAUGUGUUUGGUGAUGAAUCAUGACUAACCGCUGAAAGUAUUUCAGAGUGCUACUUCCCCAUAAGACAAUGACGCCAUGGACUUCACCCAGUGAGUUUAAGCUCCCUAAAUGUUGGCGUAUCGACGAAGAUUAAAGACAUUUUUGGACGUUUUCAUUCGUUUUCAAGAUUUUUUAUAACUGUCAUGAUGUCCUGCCGUCAAUACAUUGCACCUAUGGUCUUCUGCGCCCAAGUGGCCAGCUCGUUUUUUGACACUGCUCUCCAAAUGGUCGUGAAAGAAAGAUGCGCAAACGCCACCGAUCCGGACAGCGAGCAGAAAGCCAUCACCAACUUUAACAUGAUUUUCAAUAUGAUAUUCAAAUUCAUGCCCAUUGUGCCUGCGAUCCUCUUGGCAAAGGUUGGCGACAAAGGUUACAGGAAAGUGCCUAUUUUUGUUCCUCUGAUCGGUUACUUGGUGUCCAGAACUUUACUUUUGCUCGAUAUCGUUCUGGAAUGGCCACUCCAGGUGUUGUACGCGGUACCGGUUAUUCAUGGACUGUGCGGAGGGUUCGCAUCAUAUUGGGCCGGUGUGAUGGCGCUUGUUUCGGUGUGCGCAACUGAGGAUAAGCGCUCGUUGCGCAUCAUGAGGACCGAGCUGGUGUAUGGAAUCGCUGGUUUCAUCGGCAGCUUGGCUUCUGGUCACCUGUUUAACCUAUAUACUGUAGAUCUCAAGCAUGGGGUCAUUUUAUCUGGAUUGAGUGUGCUUUUCUAUUUCUUCUGUCUGAUUUAUGCGGCGUUUAUCUUGCGGGUGGAUAAUCUAGUGCUUGAAGACAGGCAGGAGAGACGCGAAAUUAUCGGGAUCAUAAACCAAGAAGCUCGUGAUAUGAUGAAUAUCGUUUUGCUCUUCGCCAGUGGGAUUUUGUAUGAUAUAGCAGUGGCAGGAGGGAUAGAGAUGCUGGCGGCGUAUGUGCUCAAAGACCCGCUGAAUUGGGGCGCGACAGAGGUGGGUUAUGGAAACGCGGCUGGAUCUCUGCUCUUCAUCACCAGUUUUGUGGGUGUGAAGUUCUUCACGAGGUGUUCUGUGAGAGAUGAGAGUAUGAUCAUGAUCGGGAUGGUGUCAUUUGCCGCCGGGAUUUACUUCAUGGCAUUUGUGACCACAACUCCACUUUACUUUUUGGCUCGCGCUCUCACUCUGUUUGCUCUGAUUCCAAUGCCCACCAUUCGCUCGCUGCUGUCCAAACAGGUCAAGGGAACCUCAUAUGGCAUUACCUUCGUACUACUCCAGUUGUCCUUUAAACUUGCAAGUUUGGUGACCACACCCAUUUACACCAAAAUCUACCAGGCCUACCUUGACACCUUCCCAGGGUUUGUCUUCAUACUGUCCAGCAUCUUCACUGUUCUUUCUAUUAUACCCAUCAGUAUUGUAGGAUGUCGCUCUGCAAGACACAAUGGAUAUGAGACAAUUCAAGGGAACUGACAGCAUCAGGAACCAUUAACGGAAAUACAAACAUGACGCACCUCUCAGAAAAGUGUUUGAAAUAUGCGUCUUUGCACAAUAAAUGAUUUGUAGAAACACACUGUUACAUAAUAUAGCAAAAAAAUAAAAAAUAUAAUUUACUCAGGUGACUGGUAGGUAAUGGUACAUUUUGUUGCCUAUAGUUACACUUUGCUUUACUGGUAAUGUAAUCUGUUUAGUGUCAUAUAUGGCAUGUGUAUGGGUCUUAGUAUAACAAUGGACAGAAGGUGUGCAAAAUACUGCUGACAUUUGCUGAUAUUCUGUUAAUAGAUAUUUCUGAGAACUGCACUGCUUAUUUGACAUUUAUAAUGGCAUUUUUAAUUAGAAUUAUUACAUUGUACAGUUUUGUAAUAAAUUCAGUUAUUUGUACAUCUGCAGGAAUCUUAUUAAUCACAUUCAUACUUUUGUUCAUGGUUGAAGUUACUGGAAAAUAUAAUAAAACUAUACACAUAAUUACCGUAAUUAGUUCAUGUAUCCAAUGGAAGUUCAGUUUAGACUUUAGUUCUGCUUGUGCAAAGGCACAAAAGACAAUGAAUGAAUGUUUUUUUUUUUUUGUAUUGGUCAAAUAUUUAAAAUCAGUUGAGGUAAAAGUAACAGCAUCAAACAACAACAUUGUUCCUCUUUUUGGAGACCCAAUUUAAAUUUUUUAUCAAUAAACGGUUUAUGAUAAGGGAAGCCAGAAGAGCUAGAAAACAAGCUGCAUUUGAUUUAUAAAAAUACAAAUUGAAUAACCUUUUCAUAAACAUACACCAUCAGUACUUGCUUUAAAGUUAAGUUUAAUUUAAUUUACUGGAGGAGUUUAAUUAUACGCUUCUAUACCCCAUGGACUGAUCUGUAAGUAAACAAAUGACACUCAUGCUACAAUGAUUAAAUGUUAUUUCACAGCAAGAAAUGGUUUUAAACACAAUCUUGAAGGAUGUAAAAUGUUAAAAUCACACAACUGGACCACAGCUAUUUUAGCUGUUCCAGUCGACAAUUCAUUUAAUCACUCGACAGUGAUUACACAUUUACUUAAAAUUAAUCAUUGCCAGUAUAAACAGUAUUUUACAUCGUUAUAAGCACAACAUGCAUCAAAGCAACACAAAGUCAUAUAGCUGCCUUUGUAACAUAAAUAGAUCAUCUGAUCAAAUCAAAUGGAAACUUGAGAUAAACGUAAGGCUUAUUGGUUUUGACAGGUGAAACUUUAGGCCAAGCAUCUUUGCUAAAAUUACAUGAAUUAGAUGACUAUAAACAAAAAAAUCAUUCAGCCAUACAGAAACAGCCUAUAUGCUUUUAAAAAUUAUCGUUUUAUUUUACUUUGGGGAUUUGCUCCUGUUUGGUGAAGGGAUAAAGGAAAAGAAAGUCAAAAGCAAUAACUGAAGAUACCUGGAAACAGAAAUGCUGCGGCAGUAACUGCACCUACCAGCAGGUGAAAUGCUGGAGUGUUUCGUUUUCAAUCUGUAUGCUGCAGUUACUCUUGUGAUACAAGUACAGAAACACCAGAUAGCCAGUUCUGAUUAACAGCUUGGUCUUUGAUAAACCACAAAUUGUCAACAUUUAAAAUUAGUAGAUCUAACUUGACAUUUUUAGUAAAGAUCAAGAGUUCAGAGAUCCUACUAUGAUUCCUGCUGCUGUGUUCUGACUUGAAGAAAACGACCUCAGAAACAGGCAAAACCUUAUACAAACUGAACAUUGAGCUUUAUUGGAGUCACUGUUGUUUAUAUGAUUCAUAUGAAUAACAUCUGAAAGCAAAGUAGUUAAGAACCUUCAGAAUUGCUUCUAUUGACUUUUUGACACUUGACAUCAACAAUAGUGUAUAGGAAAUUUGUGUGACUCCAUUUUUGGUUUAUGAAAUGAUUGAAAGUGUGUUCGCAUACAAAAUUCAAAACAGAUUUGGAACAACA